UUUUACAAUACAUAUUGUGCAUAUAUUUUUAAAUAUAAAUAGCUAAAAGAACAUUUAAGAAAAGAAUCAUUUUUGAUUUGUUUGUCCUUCGUCCAUUUUUGCACGCCGCAUUUAUUGUCGAACGCACUUAACACUCACUCUCAACAAUCAGUCUUCCGCAAAAUGAGCAAAGCCGAUGAAGCAUGUCCACCACUCCCUGUACCGGAAUCAAGUUCGCCACCCAGUUCCAAUACGCCACAAUUAAGCAUAGAUUUACCAUGCGAGCCUAAAGCGUCUGAACAAACCGCCAGCAGUGAUUUGUCCGCACGUUCUCGUGUAACUGUAAAAGACACCAAUCUAUCAGCGCGUUCUAAAUUAAGUGAACAUCCACAAGCGACAUCACGUUCAAAAGUCCCGACCACAGAUCAUGCUCAACGUUUCAGUUCAGCGUCAAAGCAUAGCAAUAUGGGCGCUGGCGAUGUCGCUUCACAAACGCGUCGUGAAAUUGGCACAAAUUCCGACAAUCCACAUUCGUUUGCGAAAAUGCAACCCGGCAAAGAAGGUCGCCAAGAAGUGCUGGAACCGUGUGACAACCGCGUACCACCAGCGCCAACGCCACGCAAUCCAAUUACCGGUUUGGGAUUGGGCGAAGAUGGUGUUGGAGGCAUAAAACCGAAAAAACCAAAGGAUCGUAGAGGUUCGCGUGACUGGGAAAUAAUUUCUGAACGCUUUUAGCGGCAAAGUUAUUUAGGGCAUUUAAAAAGUAGAAAGUUAAAGUAAUAACAAUAAGAACUUGAAGAUUGAGUGUUUAGAUUUUUACGAUAAUAAAUUAUCUUUACAAAUAGAAAGAUGUACCAGAUAAGGUUGAAAAUGUGGAGGUAAAACAUUUCUGGUUACGAGUAUGAGUACAUCUUAACAAAUGUAAUUUUGCAAUUAAAAAGGAAGUCUAAUCGUCGUAUUCUCGUAUAUUCCGAAAAGCCUCACAUAGUAACUAUCUCGACACCCCUCAUAUUCAAUGUAUGAUCCAAGCAGUGAAUAACCAAUUUUUUAUAACUGUAGAAAGUCACUCUUCAACUCGGAAAAUGUUCUACGGAUCAUUUUGAACAAUUUUUUCUAAUAAACUAUGGGUCAAAAACUGAGAUAGUGAUUUUCAAAGCGAAUUGUAGCUUUUAGGGAUUUUAAACAUUUUUGAGAUAUUCAAAUGUAAUUUAAUGCACAGGGGUAUUUAGAUAUUGUGCUGAUUUGUCUGAGUCAUACAGAUCGGACAACAAUAACAUAUGUAUGUAUAUCUUCCAAGCAACCGAUUAUUCAGUUUUUUAAUUGCCCGAUAUGCUACCUGCGCACCAUUAUGCAGAAUUAUCCUCUAAUAUAUACUUAAAAAAGAUAACGAAAGUACAAAAAAAAAUCGGACAACUAUAACAUACAUAUAUCUCCCACACAACCGAUAUCUCUAGUGUACGUAGAGAGUUUAGAGGAAUUAAAUUGGUACUUUCUAUUUUUAUGACACUUCAUUUUAUGCAAAGUACCGUAAUGAAUACCUAGUAAUGCUAAUUUAAUGUAAUUACUUUUUUUCCUUGAUACCUCCAGUACUUCCCAAUACUUUGAUAAGUACUGCUUAAUUUAAUACUAUAUAGUAUAAUAGUUAUGAGAAAGUCGUUAAUUUAAAUUUAAAUAAUUAUAAUUUACAUAUUUUC